UUUAUCGUUUUGAAAUUUUAUAAUUAAAAUAUAAAAAUUUUAACUUAAAAUUAAUUUUUGAUAAUCUCUAACUAAUAGUAAUUUUUUCGGCUGGAGCUCAAAUUUCAGACUCUUAGAAAAUACUGGGCAGUCCUUAAAUUUCAAUGACUUAUACAUAUACACAUUGCAAACAUAUAAAUCUACGAAACUUAAUUUCUUACUAGCAUCCUCUCGAAGACUCAACGAAUACACUCCAUUUUCUCAGCCAUUGAUAGCCCCUAAACAAUAGAAUUCAAUGUGAUAAGGCUUGUCUCCGACGUGGAAUCAAACAACCCCAAUUGCAUUUUCAGCUUCUCAGAGACAUUUCCUCAAACACCCGAAAAGCGUAUCCCAAUUUCCCGCCACUUUUAGCAUAAAAAUUUAAAAGGGCAUUUUGGACAAACACAUUUAGCCUCCAAGACUGGAGACCAGUCCAGAAGGGAAAAGGUUUGAGAUUUUCUUAUCAGGUGUCAUAUUCAAAUUGGAUUUUCGAGUGCAAUAAGGAGAUUAUCAGAAAUCGAGAGAACUAUUUUGUCACUAAAGCAUGCAAAACAAGCGAGACUAUGAGAUGUGAAAAUGAACUUGCCCCAGAAGAACCCACCAAAGAACACAAACAAUGACCAUCAAAACCAGAGCAAAUCACAUCAAAACUUCAUCAAACAAAAUUCUCGCUCUUGCGACGCGAAUGCACUCCAGCCAAAUUGGUAUUUUCUCAUCAGGAAAUACAUCUAUCGAGGAUCACAAAGAGAAGCAUUAGUUUUAUACAAUCAAAUUCGAUGUAAAGGAGCUUACAUAUUGGGUUUAGUCCCUGCAAUUCUGAAGGCUUGCGCUUCUGCCUCUAUGGUAAAAUAUGGAAAAUGUUUGCAUGGUGAAGCAAUCAAGAAUGGGGUGGAUUUUGAUGUAGUGAUUGGAACUUCGUUGGUUGACAUGUAUGCGAAAUCCGGGGAUAUAUUUGAUUCACGUAAAAUGUUUGAUUGUAUGCCCGAGAGAAAUGUUGUAACAUGGAAUGCGAUGAUUGGUGGAUACGUUAGAAAUGGAGGUAUGAAUACCGCGUCAGUUUUGUUUGAGAAAAUGUCCACAAGAACUGCUGUUACUUGGAUUGAAAUGAUUCGUGGGUUCGCAGGGAGUGCAGAUUUGGUUACUGCUAGGUGUAUGUUCGACCAGGUGCCUCCUGAGUUGAAGAAUGUGGUAACAUGGACUGUGAUGGUUGAUGGAUAUGCAAGCAAAGGACUGAUGAUAGAUGCAAGGGUACUUUUCGAACAGAUGCCCGAGAGGAAUUUCUUCUCAUGGUCAUCAAUGAUUUCAGGAUAUUGCAAGAUAGGUGAUGUCGAGGAGGCCAGGGCUAUUUUUGAUCGAGUUCCAGUUAGGAACUUGGUAAAUUGGAAUUCUUUGAUUUGUGGGUAUGCGCAAAAUGGGUUUUGUGAGGAAGCCCUGGAAGCGUUCAGAAAGAUGCAAGCCGAUUGCUUUGAACCUGAUGCAGUCACAGUUGCGGGUAUUUUAUCUGCUUGUGCUCAGCUGGGUCUAUUGGAUGUUGGUAAAGAUGUUCACCGAGUGGUAUAUGAUAAAGGGAUAAAGCUUAAUCAGUUUGUUAUGAAUGCAUUAGUUGACAUGUAUGCAAAAUGUGGGGAUUUAACUAAUGCGAGAUUAAUCUUUGAAGGGAUGACCUAUAAAAGCAGUGCCUGUUGGAAUGCUAUGAUAUCAGGUUUUGCCAUUCAUGGGCAGUGCAAAGAAGCUCUUGAAUUUUUCAGGAGGAUGGAAGAGUCAAAUGAGAAACCCGAUGAGAUAACAUUUUUAUCUGUCCUCUCCGCUUGUGCACAUGGGGGAUUUAUAGAUGAAGGUUUAGAAAUUUUCUCUAAGAUAGAUAAGUGUGGGCUAGCAGCAAGCAUCAAACACUACGGCUGUGUGGUUGAUCUUCUUGGGCGUGCAGGAAGAGUACAAGAUGCUUAUGAGUUCAUCAAGAGAAUGCCAAUGAAACCGAAUGAUGCAGUUUGGGGUGCAUUGCUCGGAGCUUGUCGAGUUCAUUUGGAUAUGGAUAUGGUGGAGCAAGUAAUGGAAGAGGUUAGAAGAGAAGACUGUAGUAUAGAUUCUGGCAAUGAUCCACAUUGUGUUCUGCUGUCGAAUAUAUUUGCUGCUUUUGAUCGUUGGGAAAAGGCUGAAAGGAUGAGGAUGGUUAUGGUGACUAGAGGGCUUCCUAAGACACCCGGACGCAGUUCAGUUGUGCUAGUGAAUACGGAGCAAUAGUAUUGCUUUUGCCAAGUUGACUGCCACGGUGAUGUUGACCAUCACCCAUUUUUUCAGAGAAAGGUCUCCAUAAACUGAAAAGAUACUGGUAAAAGAUGUGAUUCAGCAUCUAGGCAAACGCUCCAAUAAAAUUGUUGCACCACUCCUUGUAAAA